CCUUUUGAGAUUUCUCUUUCACUCCUACUUCCCUUCUCUGUUUCAGAAAAAUCCUUCAGGUGUGAAGCCAUCUCUUUAAAAAAAAAAAAAAUUGCUUUAUAUUUUAAGCAAGUCUUUCAUUUUUCCUUGUUCAUUUAAUUGUUUUCUGCUAUUAUACAGAUCCUAAAACGUGACGGAAAGAUUGGAGCUUUCAGCUUGCUACACCAUAUCUGAAAGAAGUCGUCCUUCAUCCUAACGAUCUCUCUCGUUCUCCAGGUCGCGUUCUCUGGCUCGACAUCCUUCUUCUGGUGUGAUGUAUAUCUUGUGCAACCCACAUGUCCUCCUGCAAAUGCAAAUUUUAUGGAGCUUCUUGUCAUGAGUGGUUCUUGUCUGCUGACUGUGGGUCGGAGCAUUCAUGAGUACAUGUUGAAGGUGGGAUUAACAGGGAAUUUGCAGGUUACGAAUGCACAGUGUAUCUUGAAGCAUGGUGUUGCUGCUAGUGCUAUAGCGAGUAAAGCAUUGGUGCUUGAGAGUUUGCGAAGAGGGGUGAAUCAGCAGCAAAACAGUAGGGUGAAUUACAGGCAAUCAAGGCUUUGUUAUGUUAUGAAGUCCUCUGCAAAAGAAAUUGCUUUUGCUCAGCAUUUUCAGCAUGCACUACAAGGUGGAAUUGACAAGCUUGCGGGUGUUAUUGGCCUUACUUUUGGUCCUAGGGAAAGGAAUGUUGUGUUGGAUAAGUGUGGUAGUCCUAAUGUUGUGAAUGAAGAAGUCAAAUUUGGCAGAGCUCUUGAGUUACCGCACGACAUUGGAACUACCAUUGAACGGUUUUGAUGUUGAACAGAGGGCAGUGGUUGCAGUUGAAUUGAAAACAUGCCUUUUCACAAGGUGUAAAGUCUAUAAAAGGAGUUGAGCUCCCUGAAUUGUAAGAGAUCAGAAUUUACAAACAGUCCAAAACCCAAAAAAAGAUUGGAGCCCUGCUCCCAUCUACUUUGCCUUCUCCAUUUGCCAUUUCUAUUGCUGCUUGCAGGUUGAAUAGGGUCAUGAGAUUUGUGAUCCUAGCGUGUGAACUCUGCUUCUGAUUUAUCUUAGGGUUUAGGUAUAUAUUCUGUAGUGAAAAGGCAUGACCUUGAACCUCCCCUUGCAUCCAAGAGUUUGAGUUUUUUAGGUUAUUACAAAUAUUGCUCCAACUCUGUUAUAACCUUUUUUUGUGUUGUCACAAAACAAUUUGAUUAUUUCAGCAAGAAAAUUGGGAUUGCUUGAA